UGGAGGUGUUUAGAGAGUGGCAGAAGUUUCUGAGAAACUCCACAACCUGCUCUCUCUCCCCUCACAGCUUCCUUCUCUUCCUGUGGAUAGACAUCCAGGAGACAGGCUUGCCAAUUAAUGUUCUCAGCAUCUUUGGAGAGAAGAAUUAUGGAUUUUUCCUUCUUAUUCUUAAUAAGUGUGGUUGUUUUCAUAUUGGGACAACAAGUCCCAGGGUCCCAUGCGAACAGAAGUCCAUCUGUGAAAGCUACUCCACACACUCACCGUCGUGAAAGACGCUGCUCCUGUGAAAACCUGAAGGACAAAGAAUGUGUGUACUUUUGCCACAUAGGAAUCGUAUGGGUUGAUACGCCCAGUCAGGUCAUUCCCUAUGGUGUGGGUUCACUCCAAAUGCGUCUGAGACGAGAUGUGGAACGAUGCCAGUGCACAGACAAGAGAGAUAAAAAUUGUGUGCAGUUUUGCUCUUACUCUGAUCUCCAGCAAGAAGAUGAAAAUGCCUCGGUAAGAAGGUACCAUUCCAGAAACUACAAAGAACGAUACAAGUCUAAAUUCCCACAGAGACUGAGGAAUCACAAACCAAUGCAAACAACCUGAGAAAAAAAAAAAAAAAAAAAAAGCUAUGUAGUAACAUACUGUAUAUUACUAUUUGGGCAGCAAGCCUGGCCAUAGGUCUGAACAUGUGUGCUGUGAAUGGUUUAUGAAGUACAGUAUUAGACAUAAUUUCUAUUACUUUGGCUUGUCAUGAAAUGCUAGCAUCUCAAUAGUGACAGUUUAGGAGUGAUACUUAUAUUAUCUAACUAAGUAUUUUGUAGAAUACUGUAAAACCGUACUGCUUAUUGACGUGUAAUAUAUGUUUGAUGUUUCCAAUUUUCCUCAUAGUGAGUACAUUUGGAUAUUUAAUGAGAACUAUAGCGGGUUAUGCCCACUUUAUGUUUGACAUUAUACACAUAAAUUGGCCUUUGGUAAAGAUUUUUUUGUUUAGAAAGAGGAUAUUGUCAAAAGAACGAUUGUAGAUUGAGUUUAUUUUUAGCCUUGGAAUAAUAAUAAAAAUAAUAACAAUAAGUACAUCUCAACUGCUCAGACAAUUGGAACAAUUUCUAAUCUAAUGAAUGAACUGAAUAUUUAUUAUAAUGUGAAAAGGCAAAUAAUAAAAUAAACAAAAACCUAGUCAUCUGUGAACAUUUUUCCCACCUUAUAAUGGAAUAUGGUAUAUAAUUAUGGUUUGGUAUCGACUUUCUUUGUAAAUAGUUCCAGCUUGCAAUAAUUGAAAAAUUGCUUACUGUACCUACAAUGAGAGUAAGGUUAAAUAUGUACAGAAAAAGUGAAAGUUAAGCAAAAUAAAUAAAUAAAUAAAUAA